GGUUGCACCACCUGCAUCGGUAACUCUGGUCCUCUUCCCGCCUCCGUCUCCGCCGCCAUUGAGGAGGGCGACCUGGUCGCUUCGGGCGUGCUUUCCGGCAACAGGAACUUUGAGGGCCGCAUCCACCCUCUCGUGCGUGCCAACUACCUGGCUUCGCCCCCGCUCGUGGUCUCCUACGCCAUCGCCGGCUCGACCCUCGUCGACCUCGACAAGGAGCCCAUCGGCACCAACGACCAGGGCGAGCAGGUCUUCCUCAAGGACAUCUGGCCCACGCAGGAGGAGAUCGCUGAGACCAUCAAGACCAGCGUGCUGUCGGAGAUGUUCAAGGAGGUCUACGGCGCCGUCACCCGCGGCACCCCGCAGUGGAACAGCCUGAAGGCGCCCACUGACAAGCUCUAUCCUUGGGACGAGAGCUCGACCUACAUCCACAACCCGCCCUUCUUCUCGAGCAUGGAGCUCCACCCCUCGCCGCAGAACAAGAUCGAAGACGCGCACGUCCUGCUCCUCGCCGGCGACUUCAUCACCACCGAUCACAUCUCGCCCGCCGGCAACAUCUCUGUCCGCUCGCCCGCCGCCCGUUACCUGAUGGAGCGCGGCGUCGACAGGAAGGACUUCAACUCCUACGGUGCCCGUCGCGGUAACGAUCAGGUGAUGGCGCGCGGCACCUUUGCCAACAUUCGCCUCACCAACAAGCUCCUGGGCGGCAAGGUCGGCCCGCAGACCAUCCACCACCCGACCGGCGAGGUCCUCGACAUCUGGGACGCCGCCGAGCGGUACAUCAACGCCGGCACGCCCCUCACCGUUCUCGCCGGCGAGCAGUACGGUUCCGGCAGCUCGCGCGAUUGGGCCGCCAAGGGCGUGUGGAUGCAGAACGUCAAGUUCGUGAUCGCCAAGUCGUUCGAGCGCAUCCACAGGUCCAACCUGGUGCUCAUGGGCAUCAUCCCGCUCGAGUUCGUCGCUGGCGAGGACGCCGACAAGCUGGGCCUCACCGGCAAGGAGACCUUCUCCAUCGACAUCACCGGCGCCGCUCCCCGCUCGACCGUCACCGUCAAGGUGAACGGUGGUGCCAUCAGCGAGUUCAAGGCUACCCUCAGGAUCGACACCGAGACCGAGGUCAACUACUUCAAGCAUGGUGGUGUGCUCCCGACUGUCAUCAGGCAGGUGCUCGGCACCGCCCAGUAA